AGGAUGCUGAGUGUGUCCACCUGAUACACUGCUUUGCGCCCGAGGGAGGGUCUCUCUCUCUCUCUACAGUCUCAUCCACUCUGUGUGUGCUGCCAUAAUAACACGGCUCGGCUCAGCUCGGCUCCAGCAGGCGGUGCGGUGCGGUGCGGUGCGGGGUGGAGGGAAGCGCAUCCUCGUGGAGAGAGAGAAACAUGAUCAUCAGGGGAACAUUGACAAACGCGUCUCCGGUCGGAUGAUUCGACAACUUCAUGUGUUUUUUUUUUAUCCUCUAAAGAGACAUUUAACGCAAGAGGCACUAGGCGGCUGGUCCGUGCAGCAGCAGCAGGAAGAGGAGACACAAGCCGACAUCAUCAUCAUCAUCAUCAUCGUGUGAGGCGAGGUCACCGCAUCACAGAGGAUCUAGCACGGUUCCCAUGAUCCCCUGUGUCUUGGUCCCAAUCUAAAGCUCUCACAACGACCUCAGGCCCCGCCGCCAACCUCAGUCAUCUCUUCACCCGGCGCUAUUAUCGAUAUCUCAGAGAGGAUGUGAGUAAGAGAAGGACUGAGGGAAGAAAACCUCAAUAAGUUCAACCAAGACAGGAAGUGGGGGAUCACAUGGCUGCUAUGGACCGACGGGUCAACUGAUACCAGAUCACACUGGCUUUGCUUGGAAGUUGACAAUGGUGUUGUUUCUGAUCGGGAUCUCUAUUGCUGUGAACAAUUCAUCUCAUGAGAACCAAACUGCAGAAAACCCCACCCAUCAGGGUGCUCAUGUGCUGCCCUCAACACUGGUCAUAUCUCUGCUCCUCAUCAUCGUUGUCCUGCUGACAAUCUACUGUCUGAGGUUCAAAAACCACAGGAAAGCUUUGGUUACCUCGGUGGAUAAAAAGAUUCCGAAUGGCUUCUUGGAGGAACAAGGAGAGCAGACAGUGGUCCUCCUUCCCAGAUCUCCCUCGCCAUCCAAGAGGUACUUCCCCAUCCCCCUGGACUCGCUGGAGGAGGAGUACCGGAUACGCUCCGCAGACGACGGCAAGCUCUUCAGAGAGGAGUUCAAUUCGCUGCCGUGUUACUACCACCACGGGUCCUUUGAGGAGGCGAGCAGAGAGCACAACAGAGAGAAAAACAGAUACCCAAACAUUUUACCAUAUGAUCAUUCAAGAGUGCUGUUAAGUCAUCUUGAUGGACACAUGUGUUCAGACUACAUCAAUGCAUCUUACAUAGAUGGAUUUAAAGAGAAGAACAAAUUCAUUGCAGCUCAAGGCCCAAAGCUUGAGACGCUGGCCGACUUCUGGCGGAUGAUUUGGGAACAGAAAACAGCCACUAUAGUUAUGCUGACGAAUUUGAAGGAAAGGAAAGAGGACAAAUGUUAUCAGUAUUGGCCAGAAAAAGGCUGCUGGAUGUACGGGAACAUCAGGGUGGCGAUGGAGGACUUUACUGUACUGGUGGACUACACCAUUCGAAAAUUUUGCGUUCAAUAUCAGGGCAGCGAUGGUCCGCGGGCUCCGCGGCUGGUCACCCAGCUCCACUUCACCAGCUGGCCAGACUUCGGGGUGCCGUUCUCACCCAUCGGCAUGCUGAAAUUCCUCAAGAAGGUCAAGGCUGUCAAUCCGUCGUAUGCUGGACCCAUUGUUGUGCACUGCAGCGCCGGGGUGGGGAGGACUGGGACGUUCAUUGUCAUUGACAGCAUGAUCGACAUGAUGCACAUGGAACAGAGGCUGGACGUCUUUGGCUCUGUGAGCCGAAUACGAGAACAGCGCUGUCAGCUCAUCCAGACAGAUAUGCAGUACUCCUUCAUCUACCAGGCUCUGCUGGAGUACUACCUGUAUGGAGACACGGAGCUAGAUGUGUGCUCUCUGGAGGGCCAUCUGCAGAGGCUUCACAACACCAGGGCUCCCCACGACAGGCUGGGCCUGGAGGAGGAGUUCAGGCUGACCAACGUGCGCAUAAUGAAAGAGAACAUGAGAACCGGGAACCUCCCCGCCAACAUGAAGAAGAACCGUGUGCUUCAGAUCAUUCCGUAUGAUUUCAACCGAGUAAUACUCUCAGUGAAAAGAGGACAGGAGUUCACCGACUACAUCAAUGCCUCCUUUAUUGAUGGCUACAGGCAGAAGGACUAUUUUAUCGCAACCCAGGGCCCACUGUCUCACACGGUGGAGGACUUCUGGAGGAUGGUGUGGGAGUGGAGGUGUCAUUCAAUCGUUAUGCUCACCGAACUCAAAGAGAGGGAGCAGGAGAAGUGUUUCCAGUAUUGGCCAUCAGAGGGCAGUGUAACAUUUGGAGAUUACACUGUGGAGCUGACUGGAGACACACAGUGUGAAACGUUCACUCUCAAAGACAUGGUGCUCACCUACAGACCAGAAAAGCAGUCGCAACACGUCCGACACUUCCACUUCCACGGGUGGCCUGAGAUCGGAAUACCGGCCGAGGGGAGAGGGAUGAUUGACAUUAUCGCCGCCGUGCAGAGGCAGCAGCAGCAGUCUGGAAACCGGCCCAUAAUCGUGCACUGCAGCGCCGGUGCGGGUCGGACCGGCACUUUCAUCGCCCUCAGUAACAUUCUGGAGAGGGUGAAAGCCGAAGGCCUCCUGGACGUUUUCCAGACAGUCAAGAGUUUACGCAUGCAGAGACCACACAUGGUUCAGACCAUGGAGCAAUAUGACUUCUGCUACCGAGUGGUUCAGGACUUUGUGGACAUUUACUCAGACUACGCCAAUUUUAAAUAAUAAUACCCCGUCAGAUACUUCUGUCAAAUGUUCUCUCUCUCUCUGAAUGUUGUUUUCUAAAGCGAGCUCUUUUUACAUUUUGCACUUGAUUACAGAUCUAGAAAAAUAAUUGUAACAUACUGUAAUAUAAUUGAAAACAUCUGUGCUCCAGGAGAGUCUGUCUUGAUCUUCAAGUAUCCCAGUGUAAAAUAUAGAAAUUAUAGUGUAUUAUUAAGGGGUUUUGGUUGGGUUCUUGAACAUGUUUUAUGUUGCAUAUGUUGCAACAUUGUGAGGGUCAAUAAAGAAAAUAUUCAAAUACAAAUAUAGAUAUUGUAUGUAUUGCUCACUACCUGAAAUGCAUCACUAAUGUGUGGUAGAGUUCAUGCAUUCUCUUUUAUUUCUGCUUUAUGACGUUGCUGACCACGAUGCCUGUGGUUCACAUUAGUCGUGUAUUUCAUUUUUGAUUGCUAUGAGGGGAAUAAAUUGUGUGUUUGAUAAGUAGGGUAAAAAUGAUUACUGCUUUUGCUAUGUUUGAAUAGUAUUUAUGAUCUACUUUGAGCUCAAACAAAAACACAAAACUCAAGAUACAUUUCGCUCUGUUAGACGCUGCAGAUUACCUCACUCCUGUCUGUGAAUAACUUAUAACAGCUGCUGCCUGUUGCAAUUCCAUUCAACUUCACCAACUUUCCUGUGUUGCCUGUGGCAAUAUUACUGAGUGGAUUGGUGCCUGACGCUGCAAAAUGCAAUUAGCCCACAUUGGAACGGGCAGAAAAUAAUGUAUUAUUACAUCCGAUCGUAUCAUUCUUUUUAAAAUGUUUUACAGCCAAGCAUCACAUCGUCCAUUUUUAUACACUUGCAUGUUUGCAUAAAGCAGUGCCAUAUUGAUUAGAAAGAUAGUUCUUUCUAAUCAUGAAAAAACUUGUCACCAAGUGACACAAUUUUAAUACAGAUAAGCCAGAUGUUUAUGUUUCAUUUAAUAUAAUAGACACAUUUUUUUAAAAGUGCAUUGUUUUUGAAUGCUGGCCUCCUGUAUGGAUCAUCGUUUAUACAAACACUUCUCAGAAUAUCAUAAGGAUAACAAAAUGUUCCAGUUGUUGCAAAUAAGUGUGUAAGACACCUUGUCUGGGAGUGUAAAAAGCACUGAUAUCAAGAACCAGUGCUCAGCCAGAAAUAUGAAAUAUGCAUGCACAGGCAUCAUAUUUUGUUAUUCAUAUUUAAACAAGGAAACUCCAACAUUGCUGCAAAAUCAAAAGCAUCUAUUUCUGCAAGGCUUCUGCUCGCUUCUUUGUAGAACAGUAAGCUUGGAAGUAUUAAGUUUGGGUAAAGAACAUACUGUAAAUCACAAGAUGGGUUCAUACAUGACACACUGAUUUGUUUAUUUACUGUACAUAAAAUCUUGUUGUGCUCAUUCAUCAUCACCAACUGCAUUGUAGACUUCAUUUUAAAGCAUUGCCAUGCUGAAAGAACAAGAAAUAAGGGCGACGACAGCGAGGCCUUGCAGCCGAUGUAACAUGAAUGCACAAGCAUCUCGUUUCAACGAUGUUUCUGCCUUUUUGAACAUGUAUGGAUUUGAACCACUAUUUGUUUGCUAAAAGCUGAUUCCAAUAAAUUAUAUAUGGAGAGAAAUGACA